UGUGCCAACUUGUCAAUCAUUGCACUGAAAUCAGGUCGAUAAAACAGUCAAAUACACAAUAUCGACACAAACCAUGGCAGGUUGUUGUUCACAUCCACUGACACCGAUCAUGACAAUAUUGUGUAGUUGACAGUCUGUCGACUGGAAUUUCUAUUCCGAUUUGUAUGUUGCCAGAAUAGACUUUUGAAUACAAAACAUUAGGGAUUGUGUCAAUGUCUUUGAUGUCGAUGUUCAUGAUGGUUUGAUCCAGAUGAAUGGUUUUGAUUGAAUGUUGGACACACAACAGUUGUGUUCAUCAUACAAGUGUAUCGACUGGACAAGGUUCACAAGAGUGGUUUGUAAAGUGAGUUCAUGUCCAUUACAGUGUCUAGUGUUGAUGAUACAGAGUUUGACCAGGCAUAAUGUGUUGGAUUUGAUGAGUGGAUCAGUUCCAGUGGUUCAAUCUAGUCCAAGAACAGCAAGACAAUACCAUGAAUUGCAAGUUAUUUCCACUCCAUCAACAACAAAGUGGAAAGUAAGGAGUUGAUGGUCGACUGGAAUACCAACAAGCCUUUUAGUUGUCUCAAUGAUGGUGGUUGCGACCAAGUCAACAACAUGCUGUUGUUCAGCAAUAGAACCUGUUGGCUUGGUCGCAGAUUACAAGACAUGAUCACUUUUGGUCGAUACACUAACUGAAUAUCCACUCUGAUGGAUCAAGUCGAGAUCAACUACAACGCAUGGGACUCGCUUGCUGCUCUUGGAACAAAUGGGACUGUUGGAUCCAGUCCACUCAUCAUCAAAUCCAAGAAUGAUGUUGGCUCAAACCCAACAAUCACUGGU